GGCACUACCGCACUAGCGCUGAGUUGUGCUGAACAGCCGCGCGUGCAAGCGAAUAAACAACGCCGCGACGAGAAGAGAGAAGAGGGCGGGCAUCGGCCAGUGGGGGCUCUGAGGCCGAGGGAGGCGAGGAAAGCGGCGGGUGCCGGGCCGCCCGCGCCGGUGCCGAGCCGCCCGCGCCGGUGCCGAGGCCCUCACCAGUCACCACCCCCUCCCCUCUUCCGUCUGUCCCCCGCUUGCCGCCACCGCCGCUGCCCGCUCGCGAUCCUUCCCCUUUUUAACGCUCCCGCGGCCCCGCGUCGUGCUCCCUUUUGUCGCCGCUGCCUUCGUGCCCGUACUCGCGGGUUCUCCUCGCUCCUCAAUCUCCGCGCCUGGGCGCGGCGUUCGCCGCCGGAUCUGGGCGCGGGACGGUGCCCCGGACGGUCGAUGGCGCGGGCGGCGCUCCGGUUGGGCGACCGCGCGCUCGCGCUCCUCGUCCUCGUGUCAGUGGCUCUGCUUCCACUUGUCAGUUCCGACGAUGGACACAAACACUGCGAGGGUGUUGUCAGGGGCUGGGCGGAUUCCUCCACGGGGCGCGUGAAGGACGGGGACAAACUGAGCCUCAAGGAUUUGCUCUUCUUCCUCCACAUUCCUAGGACUGGAGGCCGCACCUACUUUCACUGCUUCCUAAAAAAGCUGUAUACAAAUGCGCAGGAAUGCCCGCGUUCUUAUGACAAACUACGGUUCGACCCAAGCCAUCCUGAUUGCAAGCUGGUUGUUAGUCAUGAUGACUAUAGCUUAACUUCCAAGCUGCCAAGGGAGAGAACAUCUGUUGUAACAAUACUAAGGAACCCAGUUGACCGUGUAUUUAGCACAUAUGAGUUUUCAGUUGAAGUUGCAGCUAGAUUCCUUGUUCACCCAAACUUAACUUCUGCAAAGUUAAUGACUACCCGUGUGUUAAAAAAGUCUCGUGCUGUCAGUACUUUGGACAUCUGGCCUUGGAAGUACUUGGUUCCUUGGAUGAGAGAAGAUCUGUUUUCCAGGAGAGAUGCCAGGGGUAUCGACAAAGUUCAUAGUAGUAAGAAGGUUAAUGCAUAUGAUGUGGAGGAUAUGGUUAUGCCGUUACAUCAGUACAUCAAUGAUCCAGUUGCCCAUGAGAUCAUUCAUAAUGGGGCUACCUUUCAGAUUACUGGGUUAACGAACAAUUCAUACUUUGAUGGAGCACAUGAGGUUCGACAUUGUGCCAGAAAGCAUCCAGAUCUUGGUCGUAUUGUGCUUGAAGUUGCUAAGAAUAGGCUGGACCAGAUGCUGUAUGUAGGACUUACAGAGGAUCAUGAAGAGUCAGCGAGGUUGUUUGCUCAUAUGGUAGGAGCACAGGUGCUUUUACAAUCUGGGACAUUGAGUUUGGAUCUCAAGGAAGAUCUGCACAGUGAGACUGACUCACACCCAUCCAUGGUGGAGCCCGGGGAUGAAGAAGCAAGCGAACAUCUGAAUAACACACAUGGUUGGCAAAAUAAUGAAGCCCUGAACUCUACCAGCGACGAACAAGGAAAAGGAAAUAUGACUGUGGGUAAACUGAUGGAAGCUUAUGAAACUUGCAUCGCUAAACUGCGGAAGUCCCAAUCUAGCCGUCGUAAAAUAUCACUAAAGAAAGUGGAGGAAGCAAACUUCUCAAAAGAGUUCUGUUUGCAGGCACGGAAGCUGGUCCCCGAGGCAAUUUUGAAACAAAUUAUCUCGCUGAACAGCCUUGACAUGGAACUUUAUGACCAUGCUAAGAAAAUCUUUACCCAGGAACAUCUGAUGCUGAAAGCUCAGCAAUCCAUGGCGGGGCAGCACAGACAGUUGGCGGAACAAGAGGAUCCCAGUGAUGUCCAGAGCGCGUCCCAUGGCUAACCAUACUAACUGUUGAAGUACAAUUUAGAUAAACGAAGAACUGUACUCAUUGCCAUUGCCAGGGAGGAGGAAGGAAACACGAUAGGAUAUGAGACGAACCGUUCUCGUACUGCGGUGGAACUGUGGAAAUGAAGAACUGUACUCAUUGCCAGUAGCAAGCCUCAUGUCAUGUGCUUUGCGUUGUCUCUUUCAGGAGGGCUGGAUCGGCACGAUGUGCAGCGACGGGACUUGCUCUCCCUGGGUGGUGGUCUUGCUGGGUCUAGGGAUCACCACGAUCCUAGUUUUGGCCACAUUAGCUGUAACGACGAGAAAAAGAACGUCUAAACUUAAGGUUUAACCAGAACUUUUCAUGAGACAGGUCUCUAGAUUUUGGUGUA